AUGUCCCCUCUCCCAUCGGCCGCCCCACGGGGCCCAGGUCUGGGCUCUGUAGGGACCCGCUGCGCCGCUGGGAGCUCGGGGAGACUUGAAGGCUGUCGGGGUGGGGGCGGGGAGGCUGGCCGGGAUACUGAGGCGGAGAGCAGCUCUGCGGGGAUGUGCUUGGCAUAUAUGGAAAGCCAGUUCCAUACGGUGAAGAAAUAUGAAAAUGCUGAUGGCAGCACAGACUAUGGCGUCUUCCAGAUCAACCGCCACUAUUCGCACAGUCACUCCAAAAACUACUGCUACAUGACCUGUUCUGAACGGCUGAGUAACUACAUCUUUCCAGGCAUUUUUUGUGUUAAGAAGAUCGUGUUGAGUUCUGGAAGAAUGGCCAACUGGAUAAAGUGGAGGAUACACUGCCAGGUUUGAGACCUGUCCUACUGGCUAACAGGGUGUCACUUCUGA